CAAUUACUCGUCCAACAACACUUGUUAUUUCAUAUCUGUGUGCUCCACUUCCAGGCAACAAAUUAAGAUGGCACGUUACUUGGUAGCACCGUGGCCUUCAGUCCUUCAUUUUCAUCUCAUUUUCUUAUUUUCUAUGAGCAUACUCAGCUUGCAACCUGAAAUCUGUCUCAGCAAUAGUAUGGGAAAUGUGACUGAUCGUAUUUCGCUUUUGGAGUUCAAAGCCAAGAUAGUCAGUGAUCCAUUUGGAAUCUUGAGCUCAUGGAACGAUUCUGUCAACUUCUGUCAAUGGCAAGGGGUUAUUUGUGGCCUAAAACACCACAGAGUAGUGUCUUUAAACCUGCAUGGGCUGAGCUUAUCGGGGACCAUAUCUUCAUAUACAGGGAACCUCACCUUCUUAAGGGUUCUCAACCUUAGUGACAACAAAUUUUAUGGGGAAAUUCCCCAAGAAGUUGGCCGUCUGUUUCGCCUAAGACAUUUCUACCUGAAGAACAACACACUGGGAGGACAAAUUCCAAUCAACAUCAGCUUUUGUUCAGAGCUCAGGGUUAUCAGUUUGGCCAUUAACCGCUUAGUGGGGGAAAUUCCUGCGGAGCUUGGUUCUUUAAAGAAGCUCGUGGCACUUCUCCUCGGUUCAAACAACCUUACGGGAAAGAUCCCACAUUCUGUUGGAAACCUUUCGUCCCUCCAAGGUUUCUUUGUAACAUAUAAUCAUAUGGAAGGAAAUAUUCCAAAUGAAUUGGGACGAAUAACAAGCUUAACUCAGCUUGGGAUGGGAGUCAAUAAUCUGGUUGGUUCAAUUCCUUCUACCCUCUACAACAUCUCAUCCAUCGUUGCGCUAUCUUUUACAGAAAAUCAAUUGCAUGGAAGGCUACCAGCAAAUAUAGGGCUCACUCUUCCUAACCUGCAAAUUUUUCAAAUCGGCGGGAACCAAUUCCACGGAAGUAUUCGCGAUUCAUUGACGAAUGCUUCUCAGCUUGAAAUAUUUGACAUAGCUAGCAACAGAUUCACAGGACAAGUCCCAAUCAAUCUCGGAGAUUUGAAUGGUCUUCAACGGCUGAACUUGGAACGCAAUUUUCUGGGCAACAAUUCAAGUCAGGAUUUGGCUUUCAUAACAUCUUUGUUAAACUGCAGCAAUCUCCAAAAACUAUAUCUUGCUGAUAAUAAUUUUGGCGGUGUAUUACCUAGCACUAUAGCAAAUAUGUCUACCCUUGGUGAUUUAGGCUUAGGAAUAAACCAAAUAUCCGGUAGAAUUCCAGCAGACAUUGGGAAGCUAGUCAAUUUGUAUAGACUAGGCAUGGAGGAAAACCAUUUUUCUGGCAGCAUUCCCAUUUCUUUCGGGAAGCUUCAAAAGCUGCAAAUAUUGUCUUUGCAUACAAACAUGUUGUCAGGACAAAUCCCUCAAUCCCUAGGUAACAUAACCCAACUGUAUGAGCUUUGGUUAGGAAGAAACAAAUUAAAAGGGAAUAUACCAUCAAGCAUCGCUCACUGCCAAAAUCUGCAUACCCUGGAUUUAGGAAACAAUAACCUGACUGGUAUCAUACCCCAACAAAUUCUUCAUCUAUCCUUUCUAUCACUAGUUCUUAACUUGUCAUAUAACUCGUUGGUAGGUCCGUUACCCAAAGAAGUUGGCCAACUGAAAAAUAUUGGUGCAUUAGAUGUCUCAGAGAGCAAACUGUCUGGGGAAAUUCCUGAGUCAAUAGGUGAAUGUUUGAGUCUAGAAUUCCUUUACAUGGUGGGCAACUUUCUCCAAGGACCCAUUCCUUCUUCCCUUGGUUCCUUACGGGGUCUCCAACAAUUGGACCUGUCAAAAAACCACUUAUCAGGAAAGAUUCCAAAAGAGAUAGAAAAGCUUCCUUUUUUGCAAUAUCUGAAUCUCUCUUUCAAUAAUCUUGAUGGCGAGGUACCAAUCAAGGGAGUGUUCAGCAGUAUAAUGACAGUUUCACUUGUUGGAAACAAAAAUCUUUGUGGAGGUAUCCCAGAACUGCAACUACCGGCAUGUCCCAAGCAAAAGAAACACAAAAAAUCUCCUAUUGCCAUUAUUCUUCCAACAAUCUUCAGUUCAGUUGUGCUUUUCAUGACAAUAACAUCCUUAACGGUUUUCUACUGGCGAAAAUCAAAAAAAUCAAGAAAGAAUCCACCAUCCAGUCCUUUUAUUUUGGAUAAGCUUCUUCGAAUUUCAUACAAGGAGCUUCUCCAAGCAACUCAGGGAUUUUCUUCAGAGAACUUACUUGGACAAGGUAGUUUUAGCUCUGUAUAUAAAGGAAGUCUUGAUCUACGUGGUGAAAAGAUAGUUGCUGUGAAGGUAUUCAACCUUCAACAACACGAAGCUUCCAAGAGCUUCAUUGCUGAGUGCAGAGCAUUGGGAAACAUCAGGCAUCGAAAUCUUGUGAAGGUCUUGACAUACUGCUCUAGCAUUGAUUUUAAAGGCAAUGACUUCAAAGCUCUUGUGCUUGAUUUCAUGGCGAAUGGAAGUUUGGAAAUGUGGUUGCAUCCAAAAGAAGAUGGUAAUAAUUGGUCAAGGAAUUUAAACCUUCUUCAAAGGCUUCGUGUCGCCAUUGAUUUGUCAUUUGCAUUGCAUUACCUUCAUGACCUUUGUGAAACGCCAAUCAUUCACUGUGACCUGAAGCCAAGCAACAUUCUGCUUGACAAUGACAUGACUGCUCAUGUUGGUGAUUUCGGAUUAGCAAGGCUCCUUUCCAAAACAACUAACACUUCUUCUCAAGGCCAAACAAGCUCCAUCGGGAUUAAGGGAACAAUUGGUUAUAUGCCUCCAGAAUAUGGAAUAGGUAGCGAGGCAACAAAAGAUGGAGACGUGUACAGCUUUGGAAUAAUUUUGUUGGAGAUUUUCACUGGACGGAGACCAACUGAUGAAGUGUUUACAGAUGGUUUGAAUCUUCACAAUUUUGUUAGGUCUAAGCUACCAGGACAAGUAAUGCAGGUUCUGGAUCCCAAGCUUAUUGCAACAGGAGAAGUGGGAGCAAAAGAAAUUGUUGAAGGCAAGGAGGGUGAUGAUGGUCAAACAGAAAUUGAAGAAAAUAAUUUCGAUGUUGAAAAUUUGAAAUCACCGGGAAGCAACAUGCAAAUUGUUAUCAGUUCUCAAAAUAGGACUCGCAUGUUCAGCAGAACAACCGGGAGAUCGAAUGAAUAUGAGAGAUGUCACAAGAAAACUAAACAUCAUAACAGAGGCUUUCUUUCGUGCAAGGACACUCUAAGAUUGAUGAAUGGUACACCACAAAUAGAGGAAGCAAUUGCAUCCAGGCCCCACUAACCUGGCUUGUGCACCUCACUGAAUUUCUAGAACAAGUGUUCUCUUUGGUAUUUUUCCGCCGAAUGAACAUCUCUCGUCGGCAAAUAAACCUCAAGUUCUAUCUUCGAGGCCUUUUCCAUACUUUUUUUUAGCUAAAUCUAAAAUCCGAUUGUGUAAAUCAAUAAAUGUAACAAAUUUAUAUUGACAUACUUCAUCUUUGAUGAUUCUGGUGUUGGUUUUUGAUAAUAUAUACUUAGUCGUCCAUAA